AUGGCUGCGAGCGCAGGGGAGCUGCGGCGCCGGCGGGGUCCGGCGGGAGACGCCCCCGAUCCUCGGGAACCCCGCGCCCCUCCGGCGCCUUCCCUGCGCCCCGGCUCCUUCUGGCUGACGCGGCUGGUGCUGCUGCGCGCCACCGCCUUCAUUUACUCUGUUGCCUUUCUGGUUGCCUACCAUCAAAACAAAGCCCUUAUCGGAGACCGAGGGCUUCUACCAUGCAAACUGUUCUUGGAGAAUGUGAAGCGCCAUUUCAAGGGCAGGAUAAACAUGGAGACAUUAAGCUAUGCCCCAACUCUGAUCUGGUUCUUGGAUUGGUCCAGCAUGGACAGCAUCCUUGAUGCCUUCGCUCUCAUUGGUUUGGCCAUCUCGGCUUUUGUCCUGGUCACUGGAUGUGCCAACAUGAUUCUCAUGACUGCUGUAUGGAUUAUCUACCUCUCCUUAAUUAACGUGGGACAGAUCUGGUAUUCCUUUGGUUGGGAAUCGCAGCUCCUGGAAACCGGUUUUUUGGCAAUCUUCCUGUGUCCUUUGUGGACUUUUUCCCGGGUGGCCAAGGAUACGCCCCCUUCCUUCAUUGUCAUCUGGGCCUAUCGUUGGCUUAUUUUCAGAAUCAUGCUUGGAGCG